UUUAUAAUCUCUCAGUAGUCUUAUAUAAAGGUGAUCGAGACGGGUUAUUGUCACAAUACUGUCUGAUGAUGGGUGCCACUACAGCUUGGAGGACUACAGGUCUACUCUUCACCAUUGUAGCGAUGGCGACUGUAAGUCAGGCCCGCCCAAGCGUAGUGGAAAACUUCAGAAUAACUACAGAACAGGAAUAUGCAGCUUCACCUACGUCAGAAGAUCCGCUAUACCCCUCUAGUGCUCCGGAACAGGAAUAUGCACCUUCGCCUGCAUCAGAAGAUCCACUAUACCCCUCUAGUGCUCCGGAACAGGAAUAUGCAGCAUCACCUGCGUCAGAAGACCCGAUAUACCCCUCUAGUGCUCCGGAACAGGAAUAUGCAGCUUCACCUGCAUCAGAAGAUCCACUAUACCCCUCUAGUGCUCCGGAACAGGAAUAUGCAGCUUCACCUGCAUCAGAAGAUCCACUCUACCCCUCUAGUGCUCCGGAACAGGAAUAUGCAGCUUCGCCUGCAUCAGAAGAUCCACUCUACCCCUCUAGUGCUCCGGAACAGGAAUAUGCAGCUUCACCUGCAUCAGAAGAUCCACUAUACCCCUCUAGUGCUCCGGAACAGGAAUAUGCAGCUUCACUUGCGUCAGAAAAUCCGCUAUACCCCUCUAGUGCUCCGGAACAGGAAUAUGCAGCUUCACUUGCGUCAGAAAAUCCGCUAUACCCCUCUAGUGCUCCGGAACAGGAAUAUGCAGCUUCAUUUGCGUCAGAAGAUCCGCUAUACACCUCUAGUGCUCCGGAAUAUGGUCAAUAAACUAUGUUAUGGUACUACAAGAAGAAACAUGGAUCUAAGACGAUAUAAUGGUAUUGACAAAAGUGAUUAUAUUUAUUAACAAUUAGUUUAAGACUCAACCAGAUAAAACUUAUCCAACAGUUUAAUAACAACAGAUGGGUUUUAGUACAGUAUAGUGAAAUUGAUACAACUAACGUUUGACAUAAAUCUCCCUUAAUAGCAUUUUAUUCAUAUUUCUUUUUAAUUUACUUUUUAUCUUUCCAUCCUUCUUUGGUUGAUAUUGCCUGUUACUUGCCACAGUUGUAUAUUUAAAAAAUAUAACAUACAGUCUUUGCUAAGUGCUGAAUGUCUUAUUUAAAAUAAAUCCAUUUAACUGCUUCCAAAAACUAAGUUUCAUUCGUAAGAUGUACAUUAAUGAAACCUUUACAAAGCUAUGAGUAUGUUGUUUAGGAAAAUAAUACGCUUUUGGUUUAACGGUAAUCUACCAUUUAACUUAUAAAAACAACCAAGCACUUAAGAGGCAUUAAAUUAAGUGUUUUGAUUUGUAUUUGUAGAUUAGAUAUUUAACUUCAACUUUUCCUUCAAUGAAGUGUGGUUGCAUCGAAACAGCAUUCGAUUUAAAUUACUUUUAUGCAGUCGUUUAAGAAACUUCUUCAAGUUCCACUCCUUUAAAUCAGCAAUACAUAUAAGAAAAUAUAUUAAACCCUGCUAAUUUUUGUUAAUAUUUUGAUGAAAGAUUUAAAGAAUACUCAUGAUGUAUUUGUGUAUUAGAUUAGACAUUUCUAAUUCCUAUUAAUUUUCUAAUUUAUUUAUAUUGUUUAUUUUUAAUAAAUAUUUUAUGUAGCAUUAUCAUUAGUUUUUUAAUGAUGGAGAUUGUACAUUGCUUAAUUGUCCUAUUAAAAUUGUAUUUUGUUGUG